AUGAUCACUAUAACGCCGCCGACCCGGGGUAGAGGAGGAGAUGAAGAUGAAGAAGGAGAUCGAGAAGGAGAAGCCGUGGACAUACUCAAGGAUAACCCGCCUUUCAACCCGGACAGGAAUUUCAUCCUCGCCUUCCUUUCCAUCUGCAUUAUCACUCUCGCAGCGGCCCUCGACGCGACCUCGCUUAGUAUCGCCCUGCCGAUCAUCACCGAAGACCUCAAGGGGUCGGCUAUCGAGGCGUUCUGGACGGGAACGUCGUUCUUGCUCACGUCCGCCGUCUUCCAGCCCGUCAUAGCCGGCCUGAGCCAUGUGUUCGGCAGGAAGAAUCUCCUCAUCAUAUCGUCGCUUUUGUUUGUCGUGGGGGCUAUCAUUUGUGCUGUUGCUAGGAAUUUUACCGUAAUGCUUGCGGGGAGAUCCGUACAGGGGAUUGGCGGAGGUGGUAUACUGGCGCUGGGUGAAAUCAUCGUUACCGAUCUCGUCCCACUUGUUGCUCGAGGCACCUGGUUUGGAUAUCUUGGUUCGACCUGGGCUUUGGGCUCCGUAGCCGGGCCUUUAUUGGGAGCAGUUUUUGCUGAGAGCGUAGCAUGGCAGUGGAUUUUUUGGAUCAACCUUCCGAUUGUUGGUGUGGGAAUGAUCCUGCUCGUCCCAUUUCUGAAGCUUGAAUCCACGCCCGGCAGACUCUCUACUAAAAUCCGCACAUUUGACUGGAUUGGAUCCAUCAUAUUCGUGGCCGGCACUGUCGGGUUUUUGAUUCCCGUCACGUGGGGCGGUGUUAUGUAUCCUUGGGACCACUGGAGAACAGUAGUUCCGCUAUUACUCGGGUUCGACGGCAUCAUCGCCUUCGCCAUUUACGAAUGGUGGCUUUCGAGAAGGGCCUUCGACGCCGAGGGAAAGGCUCUACCAGGCGAUCACAUCGAACCUAUCGUUCGCUUCACCAUUUUCAACAACUACACGAUGCUGAUAACGUUUAUUUCAACUGUUCUGCACGGAGUGGUCGUAUGGUCUCUCCUAUACUUCUUACCCCUAUAUUACGAAGCUGUUAAGGAAUACUCGCCAAUUAUUUCCGGCGUUGCUAUCCUUCCCGAAACAGGAUUGGUCGCUCCGGUAUCCGUGAUCGCGGCCGUUCUUUGCACAAGAUUUGGGAAAUAUCGUUGGGCUCUCUGGUCGGGUUGGGUCUUUACGACAGCUGGCUCUGGACUCCUCUUCAUCCUUUCACCUGAUACGUCCGUUCCCGGUUGGAUUUUCCUCAACUUUCUCGUCUCUAUCGGAACUGGAAUUCUGUUCCCCGCGAUGAGUCUUGGAACUCAAGCGGCCUCUCGUCCCCAAGAUUCUGGCCAUACCGCCGGUUUCUUUUCCUUUCUUCGUGUGUUCGGUCAGGCUAUCGGUGUUGCUGUCAGUGGUGUCGCGUUCCAGAAUCAGCUCCAGAGCGAGCUGCAGAACUACGACGAGUUUGCCCCUCUUGCGGCACAAUACAGCAAGGACGCCACUGCACUAGUCGGUAUUAUCAAAGGGUUACCAGACGGAACCUCGAAAACGGACUUGAAACAAGCAUACUCGGAUAGUUUACAUGUUAUUUGGCUGUUGAUGACAGUGGUUAGUGGCGUGGCAUUGUUGACCAGCCUUACCACGAAGGAAUACAGCUUAGAGCAGGAACAUGACACCAGGCAGAAAUUUAAUGGCAGAAAGAACAAAGAGAGUACGGGCGAUUUAGCGCUACGAUAA